AUGAUGACAUCUGUAACUUCAGCGAUAGCUCACAAAUUCUGCGGCGGGUCCUCAAGGCGCUUAAUUGCUGGAUGGUGGUAUUCGAUCUUGGCAAUGACUGGAAUUUUGGCACUCAUGUCAUGCGUUGUAAUGGGAUCUCGAUCGUUUGCGGAAGCCUUUGUUUCGUUCUGGUCUGCUGCCAUGUUGUUGGGAUUAAGCAUUGGUGGUACCAUGAUUAUGCGCAAAUUUCACAAUUCCAUGGCCGUUGGUUUUUUUAUGGGUGGAGUUUUGGCAAUGGCGCAAAUGUUCUUUUUCCUUUCAUUGAUAUACACUGGUUACAAAUUCGAUGAAGGUAAAGAUGGGUUCUCUGGAGCCCAAGAGGGAUUCAUGAGCCUGCUAUGUUUGGUAGAAUGCAUUCUAUUGGGAUCCUUUGCAGCAAUUCUCGGCGCACAUCGUUCGGACCUAAUGGACAAGAGUGACCCAAAUACUCCAGGAGAAUACAACACCCCAUAUGUGCAAUCAUAA